AUGAAAAGAAGACAAGCUAGAGCAAAACUAGAAGCUGUAAGAAAAAUACCCAAAAAUCGACAAAAAUAUUUGUACAAAUCUCGUCAUAAACAUGCUAUGAAUCGUAUACGAGGAGAGGGUGGUCGUUUUCAUUCUGGAUCAUUAGAUAGAAUAAAUAUGAAAACCGUUGAAAUUGAACAAAACCAACAGUAUCCAUUCAUUUGUAGUACAAAUAGCAAGGGAAUUACACAUAUUAUCUAA